AUGGCAACCUUCGACGCGGCCGUCUCCGGCCCGGACGCGGCGCCCGACCUCCGCCUCGUCGCGCACCAGUACAACCAGCUCCUCCACCUGCUCGCCUCCGCGGACGGCGCCGUCUUCCCCGUCCACCAGGCCGCCGCCGCGCGCCACGUGUUCGCCGGCAUGCUGGAGGCCAGGGCGCCCCCCUCCGAGGCCACCAUCACCUCGCUCGCCUGCGUCGUCGCUGCAGACGCCGAGGGCGCCUACGAAGCCUUCAGGCUCGUCUCCUCCAUGCGGCAGAAGUACGGCCUCGCGCUGCGCCUCCGGUCCUACAGCCCCGUGCUUGCCGCGUUCCGGCGCGCCGGGGAGGCUGGCAAGGCCUACGCGGUCGAGGCCCACAUGGCGGCCUCCGCUGCAUCGCCGGAAGAGCCCGAGGUCGCCCGCUCCUUGUGGUCAGCGCGAAGGCCAGGGACGCAGACAAGGCGUUUGAAGGAGAUCGCCAAGGGGGAGGGGUGGUUCCGGAGCAAGAAGGUGGCAACUGCUGGUAAGGCUGGUGAUCCCAUGCCGCCGCAGGACGCUGGCCCUAUCCCAUGCCGCCGCAGGACGCCUGGACACUGCGCUAGAGGCCCUUGCGGCCGCUGGGAGCCGGGACGCGUUCCUCCACAAAACCUUGAUCUGGAGCUUCGACGACGCAGGCCUCCAUGCUGGGCUGAGAAGGAGAAGAAGGGGGGCACGUCGGAGGUUCCGGUCGAGCGCGCCAUCGAGGACGUUGAUGACGGCAGCACGGGCGAGGCCGGGGAGGAAAUCAUAGUUGAUGCUUUACCGCCCGAAGUUGUUGACCUGGAACAAGAGGGUAAGGUGGAUUUGAGAGCGGAGGCGCACGCCGUGGUGCAGGAUGUCGUGGUGUCCGAAGCACCUGAGGUGCUGGAACCAGAGGUGAAGAGCGAGGAGGUGGUGGUCCGGGACACAACCAAGGUGCAUCCUGCACAUCAAACAGAGACGAAGGCCGAUGAGGUGCUGGUCAGGGAUACGGACACGGCUGUUGUGGUGUAGGAACCGGAAGCAAAGGGUGAGGUGUCACGGUCUCGUGAGGCAGCUGGUGUGCAGACUACAGAAGUACAUAACGUUUCUGCUUGUUUACCAUCCAUCCCCAACAUUUUGAAGCUGCGAUGUCUCAUUAGGCGGGCUACUUUUGUUGCUGGUGGUACGGGGGCAGGCAGUGGUGGUGGCUGCUGCUUAGAUGUCUUUGCUGGUUCAGAGAGAUAGAUGGAGGUGAGUUCGUUCUGUGCUUAUGAUCGUGUUUGAUAAUGCCUGUUCCAUGAGAGUGCCAUUCGGUCAAUUGUUUGUAUGAACUCUGUAAAAGUUGUGUUACUGUGAGUGAACAAAAUCUUGUAUGCCGCACCUUUGAGUUUGAGAUGCAGAUUUGUAUUCCCUGUGAA